UAUUCACAUGCGAAUUACCCAUAAUUCUCAAAUCUUAGGUGCAAUACCGCAACGCUCCGAACGGCAAUACCGUAACUAUGCGGAAGAAUUCUGCGCGGCAAACAGUAAAGAUGAUUGCGAGGCAAGAAACGAAUCCCUCGAUAAAUAUUCAAAAGAGUCUAACAGAAGGUACGAGCAGUAUUUGAAUGCGAUUCGCAAUGCAGAGAACCAAACUGCCUGCGCCGAUGAACGUAGUCGUGGAGGCUGUCCUUGUUAUAAAAGCGUUAUCAAACAUGAUCUGAAAGUUUUUAAAAAAACUGGAAUCUCAGAAGAUUCUAUAACGUUAGCUAAAUCCAGAGGGACGUUUUACCAAAUAAUCAAUGGCAGACUCUAUAGAGAAAAGGACUGCAUGUUUCCUUCGAGGUGUGCAGGGAUCGAGCAUUUUAUUUUAUCCAUAAUCCGGGAUUUACCUGAUAUGGAAUUAGUCAUCAAUACCAGAGACUACCCACAAUCUAGCAGACAUUUUGGUGGGCCGUUGCCUGUUUUCUCAUUUAGCAAGACUCCUGAUUACUUUGAUAUAACUUAUCCAGCUUGGAGUUUCUGGGAAGGAGGUCCGGCGAUUUCGCUCUAUCCACGAGGUUUGGGGCGUUGGGAUCUGCACAGAAGAUCGUUGGAUAGAGCAAGUGAAAAAAAACCAUGGCAUGACAAGCAGGACAAAGCUUUCUUCCGUGGCUCUCGAACCAGCUCUGAGAGAGAUAAUCUGGUUUUGCUCAGCCGAAGACAGCCAGACCUUGUCGAUGCUCGCUAUACCAAAAACCAGGCUUGGAAAUCUGAAGCGGACACCCUACACAUGCCCCCUGCUGAAGAAAUGCCCCUCGAAUCUCACUGUGAUUUCAAAUACCUCUUUAACUUCAGAGGUGUUGCUGCUUCAUUUAGGCACAAGCAUCUGUUUUUAUGCCGAUCUCUAGUAUUUCAUGUCGGGGAGGAAUGGACAGAGUUUUACUAUACGGCCAUGAAACCAUGGCACCACUACAUUCCGGUUCCAACAGAUGCAAGCCAGGAAACUCUGCAGGAACUGAUACUUUUUGCUAAGGAAAACGAUGAUAUUGCACAGAAAAUCGCUGAACAAGGUAGAAAUUUUGUGUGGAACCAUCUGAGAAUGGAAGACGUCACAUAUUUUUGGAAAUCUUUGCUGAAGAGAUACGUUAAACUCUUGACUUACAAGCCUGUUUUGGAUAAAAGACUGAUAGAAAUUAAGCAGAAGUAGUGUUAUAUACUAUGAAUUGCAUACACAAUAAAGUAUCUAUUUUUA